GCUUUUUAGAAAGAAUACCAAUACUCUUGAUCUUCAUCAUGUGAAUGAACCAACUAUGUGCUGCUCUGCCAAUACAAUUACGAUUAGAAACAGACGAUUAUCGUAUAGAAAUAGAUUGAUAGAGUAAUAGUUCCAGAAUCUGACAGUAGGCACCAUCUAGAUCAGGAGGACUGCUACUCAGUAACUUCUUUUGUUCUGCAGAAGUCAAGCAGCGAUGCCUGCGAAAACGAAAGAAGCCCCUGCGGGGGAAAGGCCGAAGGCCGACACAAGCCUAGUAGCGUCAAAAGGUGUCUUAAUGGCUCGAAAACAAGAGCUCUACAACUUGGGAGCACGCAUGAACCUGACCGCGGUACCAGAGAACGAACUCUUUUAUGACAGAAGAAGAUUUUGCCUAUACCUGUUUCAGUUGCUUGUACUGUGACGGCUUCGUCUUUGGCAGUAUCUUCCCAAUAGUUCUUGUAGAGAAACAAAGUCAAUAGAAGUCCUCUCAGCUCCGCUCCUCCUCGUCCCUUUCAUCUGAACUAAAUACCUCUCUUCUAAUCUUAUCCGGCUGCAGUAUGGAAAACCGAACAGCAGGAUGAUGUGGAAGCAGUUAUUAGCCGCAAAAGCACAAUGACCGCGAGCGAUAUCGCUCACCAGCUCAGACCCGAUGGAAGACUUAGAUGGAGUACUAUUCAAUUCGUCCAAGACUACGCUAUGCCUAUGAUGAUAUAGAUUUCUGAUCAGUUUCAGGUGGAAUCGUCUACCUUCAGGAAACUACUUACUCACUUAGACUAGCACAAUAUAUGAAUAUAUAUUUAUUAGAUAUUUGGAAUAUCUGACUUUUUUGAUUUUUUGUUUGCUAGUUAGGAGUGCUCCACCGAUAUAAUAUAUAUUUAUAGCAUCCAUCACAAACACAACAACUCAAAAUCAGCUACAAAAGCUUUAAUAACAUUCGCUAUCAUGUAUAAACCCAGUACCCAUUUUUACCACCUAAACAUCAGCCACGAAAGUGCUCUUCGCUAUGUGUAAUGGUGGUGUGCGCGCGCUGUUUUUUUCGAAAGACGCAGUAAUGAAGAAGUUCUAUACGGACGAUUAUCCACGUGCGAAUCCGGGACUUAUGUUAUGGCUUCAUUCUUCUUCUCCUACUUGGCUUUGAUUUUCGACUCCGUACUAUCCAUCAGCAUCACCAUGAUACGAAUAUUUUUACCAAGUUGUUUUUUUUACGGAUCGAUAAGUUUUUUUUUUAGACGCAUCAACUACCACGUGCAAGAAGUGCAUAACUAAGUCGAAAGAAACACUAACACUCCCUUCACUACUUCCUCCUAAUCUGAGCGAUGUUUAUGGUCUUGGGAGUUCUUGUCGACGCCUUUACGGAUCCUUGGUUUGCGCGCAUUACGGAUAACUGGGUGUCCAAGAGUGGCAGACGAAAACCGUUCUUGAAAAUGGGCAUGUGGUACUUUUCUUUGGAAGUACAAAGGAUCAUAAACCUCUAAACAACUUCACCUCUAGAAUAGGUACAACCAUCAUCAUCAACUUCAACAACUUUUGAAAUUCUGGACAUGCGGGAGUACUGUAUUCCGUCCCAUCAAAUGUCAACUUGUGUUCACGUUCACCACUCUUGUGUUUAUGAGGCAGUCUUUCUUUGGUUUUCUGUAGGCCCAAUUGACCACUCUUGCGUUUGUGGAGCAGCCUUUCUUUGGUUUUCUGUAAGCUCAAUUGACCACUGUUGUGUUUGUGGUGCAGUCUUUCUUUGGUUUUCUAUACGCCCAAUUGAGGUAAGGGCUAUCGCAAAUGACCACUCUCGUGGGCGCUUGCUUUUUUCAUUUUGUGUAAGCACAAUUGUAGGAGGAGGCUAUGGCCAAUUUUGUAAAAUACUUCAUCUUUGCGUAUGAAACCACUACCGCGGGUGUGCGCCUUCUUCAAAAUUAGCACAAUUUUUGGGCUUGUGCCUGCAAAUGCACCUCAGUCGUCACCCCAGCGUCUAUAUCACACAUAUUCAUAUACAACCAGGUUCACGCCGAUCAUCUUCAUUCUUGCCUAUACGCCACCGGACGUCGGCCCAGUGGGGACAGGCAUCUAUUACGGUAUCUUCCACGUUCUCACAAAACUCGCAGACACGAUUACCAUGAUCCCCUUGGAAGCUUUCGGCAACGAAUUGACCAGCAACUAUCGUGAACGAACCAAUUUGUGGUCGUGGACGUACUAGAAGAUGAACUCGCUGAUCUUGAUGCUAUCUUCAUGAUGAACAUGAUGAUCUGUUGUAGUUUUUGUACUUAGAAGCAGCUUAUGGAGUGUGUGUAGGUGUCAAGUUGUAUGGUUCUGGUAUUUGGUAACCUGAGUUUGAUCAUAAGGGUUCACCUCUUGUUUUCCCUUACGAUCAAAUUCAGGCUAUACCAAAUACCGGAUCCAUUCACAAGUAGAUGAACAUAAACAUGAGUGCCAAGUAGAUGAACAUGAACAUGAGUGCGAUUUUUACUCUUCCACAUCAGACACGGAACGCGUAUGAUCAUGGCGAUUUUCGGUGCGGUUAUUGUGGGCAGUAUGAAGUGGGGUCCGGACUGUGCUGGUAGCCCCGAUGACGGCUGCUACUCCUAUGCAGGAAAUACUCUCUUCCUCGGUUUGUUCUUCUACGCAUUGCCGCUGUCUAUGGCUCCUGGAUUUUUUAUUGAUCAAUUUCUUCGACACGACACCAUGAGGAAGAUACUAGAAGUAGAAAGAUACAAGAAGAAGAUACAACUAGAAAGAUACAAGAACAGCUUCUUCUUGUUACAAUUUUAAUUUGUAGAAGAAAGUUGUAGUCAACAUUCACGGCGAAUAUAUUUUCUUGUUUUUUGUAGAAGAAAGUACUAGUCAACAUAUGAUGUGUUGAUACGGCUCCUUUGACAGUUCAGCUUCAACUGUAACGCGGAGCGACCACAUGAGAGUCAACAACAUUGUUGGCGACUUUAAUCUAGCCAAAAUGAUUCUUCCCUUUUCAUAUUCCUUUUGCUGAUCAAAUACAUUCCGGAGCGAGACUACCGACUCAAUGAGAACUACCUGCAAAAAUUGGCGAUGGGUGAGCAGUUUUCCGACGAGGGCUUAGUUAUGGUUCUUAACAUUUAGUGUCUGUGUGUGUGUGUCCAUCUUCUACUUUCUCGGCAUCUUCUCUCCGGCAAGAGAAAAGUUGUAGGUACCAAGAAAACCAAAAUCGCUCCUGGACGUCGUGGACCUCCGGGAAGCUGCGCCCUUUUUGUCUGCAGGCUCUUCUCACCUCUCUUCUUUGAAGAGACUCCAGUUCAGAACAGGUUGCAUUUGGCCCCUCACUAGGCUAUUCACUUCCGCGGCCGUCUUCUUUGAGACAGCACUGCUGAAUACCGUUAGGCUAUUAGGCUAGAUAGUACUAAAUGGGACACCCUGGACGUAGACCUCCGGGAAGAUGGAUGGAGCCCUCCUCCAGGUCGUGAAGACAACUCUUCUAACUUGGCCACAUCGAUGAAGUUGCUCAUGCAGGAGUUGAAGGUGAUUCUGUUUGGUUCUACGGAUUGGGUUCCUCGCGACCAGAUGGGGCGUGACAUUAGCGAUCACAAAGGCAACCGAAAGUCGAUUCUAGGAAGCUGCUGCCGAAGGAGAGUGGUAUUUUUAACAGUAGUUAUAGCUGAAUGGUGUUGGAGGUGGUUCGACUUGUCUGGUUACCUCGCUCAACAGAAGAAAAACAUAAACAAUCAAAGCACAAUCUGUAGGAGCCAUGCAAUAUUUGUGUGUGUUUAUAGAUUUGUUCAAGACUUUGAAAGAAAAACGAAAACCUUUUGAUACCAUACCAACAUAUAAAAAUUCUUAUCAUGAACCGAAACUAACAUCAACUAAACUAAACAUCUUCACAGCAAGCAUGCGAGUUCAAAAAUGACGAUAUUAUUCCGAACUUCAUUAGCACUUUUCUGAACGAGCCUUUCCGAAUCCUCCUCGUAGCGGAGAGCGUCGAAGCGAUCGGCUCCCGUUUCCCGUAUCAAGUUUUGUUAAGAGCGCAGCGCAUAUUCUCAAACACCAACCUCUUGCCAGGCAUAUCAAUCAAUCAAUCAAUCAAUCAAUCAAUCAAUCAAUCAAAGCUAGAGGCUUCACUAGCAGGACUAGCGGUAGCGACAUAGUUGACGAAGAAGUUCAAAUUUUUUAGUAAUACACUGGUAGUAGUACUUUGUCUUCCUCUUCGAGGAAAGGCCGAUAUUACAUCAAAGACAAAUUCAUCUUAUCGAGCUGGGCAUCCAUCGAUCGAUUUUUGAACAUUAUAGCAUUUAUGCAUCCUCUCUCGCCCUCCUCCUCGUUCCCCUGUCUAAUUUAACCUUACAUCAUGACUUGGGUGAUUGCAGAAAACUCGCAAGAAGCGGAGCAGGGUAUGGCUGCUGUGUUGACCGUCCAUGCCUUGAUGGGACUGCCGAGUGUUUACUUCUGGAAAAAGCUGGCUUCGAAAAUAGGUACCACCUCUACCUCUGGUGCUAGUGCUAGUACAACAUCAACAGUUGUAACAGCUAUAUUAAGUAGCAGUAGAAGAGGUCUCAGCCGGUUCUUGAUAAAAAAUAAUUGAAGAACUUUCCACUGACGAUAAUUGCGUCAGUUGAAAAGAAGUAGAACAUACUAACACGGCACCCGUCUUCCUUAAAUGGGUAACGGGAGGCAGAGCACUGCCAAACAACCACACGAAGCCACUGCGUGGCGCGAGAAAGGUGAAGGCGUCCCCCCCGUCUGUUGAGUGAUGAGCUCACCCCUCCCUUCUGUUGAGGGUGGCGCGAGGUAGAUGGGCGUCAGUUGAAAAGGAGUAGAACAUACUAACACGACAAGAGCACUCAGUCGCAAAUUACAACCAACAAUCAAUGUAUUACUCUGCGCAGUUGGCUUAGUGGUUUAGGCGUUGGCUUGUUCACCUAUCAUACACUAUGAUCAUCAUCAUCAUCAUCAUCAUCAUCAUCUUCUUUCAGGAAAAUUCCGUGCCUUCUACAUCGGAUUGGUUUUCACUUUCCUCACGUGGAUGUGGAAACCCAUGUGGUACAAGUACGAUGCGAAGCUGAGCUCUCUCAUGUUCGAAUCCGUUAUCUGGGCGUUUUUUCAGUCCUCCGUCUGUCUCUUCAACUCGUUGGUGAAUGAGGUACUAGUACAACUACAGCAUGUACAAUUUCCAUACUAGCUUGUUUUUGAGCUUAGCUUUUGCAUAUUUAGUAGAAGUAACCAAUGUAUAAUGAAAAGAAAUCAUCUUCCACCUCCUCUCAACACCAGACAAUCGAAUACGACGAAUUCCUCUCCGGACGCCGCAGGGAAGGUCAAUACACGAUGAUGAAAGAGUUCAUCCCCAAAUUUUUGGAGUUGCCAGCACAGUUUAUUCCGUUCGUGUUGAUGCAGGAGUUCAAGUACGACCCUACGUUGAAUAAGGAUGCAGAUGGCAACGUCGUCAAUUGCCCAAACGAUGAAUGCCAACCAAAAAGAGUCCUCAUGUUAUGCUGGAUGGCCCUUUUUUAACUUGGGUUCUUGUUGUUGUUGUUGUGUUUGAUGUUGUUGUGUUUGAUAUUGAAUUUGAUAUUUUGAACAGCAGUGAGCCAGAACGAGAACCUGCUGCUGCUACUAAAUUUCAAUGGAGGACGAGGUUCAUCAUCCCUAUUUGAUCAUGAUAGGCAACUCUACUUAUUUACCCUUUGUCCUCCUCUGGUGUAUGAGUUAAACACAUAUUAUGUAAUACAACUCUAAUCUGUGUCCUCCUCUGGUGUAUGAGUUACAUUCCCGGCGUAUUCUACUUGGGCGCGGGCUUUGCGCUUUUGUGGUUCCCACUCCGAGACGAGGUUCAACACGAGAAGGUCCGCGCAGCCAUGAUUGACCAUUCUAAGGGUUUGUUAAGGCUACCGCAUUACAUCCUUCACUACCAACAUCCUCGGCCUUUUAUUUUCGAGUCGUGGAAAAUUCUAGUAAUAGGUCAAGGAUUAGGAUGUGCCGAAGAAUGUAAUGCUGCAGCCUGUAAGUUUGGCAGCUGUGGAUCCGGUGUAUGGCCAUGUCUGUGAAGCACCAGCCACCAUGAUGGAGAACCCAGAGUUCGACGCUGAAGAUUUGGCCUUUGAGAUCUAUGAGAAGGAAAUGGUACUACCUUCUAGGGUAGAUGUCAAUGUCUAGUGAUGUACAAUUUCUGGUAGAAGGACCUUCUAGGGUAGAUGUAGAUGUACAUGAUCCAAUUUCAAGUACUCGAAAACUGAAAAUAACCGAGUAAGUGACUGAAAUAAAAAGGGAGGUAGGUAGGUUUGACAGGGCUAGUACUCUUCCUUGUUCAGGCUUAACUGUGCUUAUCCAAGUACAUGCACUUUUGACCACAGGAACUGAAACAGAAGGAUCCGGAAGCGUACGCACAGCUUCAGAGCCGUGCAUCACCUGAAGUGCAGAAACUGGUAGCGAGAGCCUCAACAGUCGGAACCACCAGUCGAUCGAUGAUUAAGGCUUUUAUUUAAUAGAUUCAUGACGUUGGACUAGGUUGAUUGUACUUCUUCAGAGUAGGUUGAUUGUACUUCUACAGAGUAGGUUGAUUGUACUACAGAUUUAAAUUAAGGCGUCUCAAUUCAUCUUACGAAGCACCUUUGAGUCCGUUUUCAAGGGAAAAACGCCUUAGGCCUGCAACUCAAGAUAAAUAUAGGUGGUUGUACGGUCUAAUUUUAGUAGUUUCAUCUCUAUUGCUUCUAGAAGUGUCGACGAGACUUCCUCUCUAACCUCCGUAUGAAGAAGCUCCGAGAUUCACGUCGUGCCAGCGUCAGCGCCCACACGAUUGACCAGGCACCAGAAGAAGUAGAAGCAGCACAAAGAGUCGAUACGAGUGUGGUUCGAGCAUUGCCGAUCUAUGAAACACGAUUGUUGUUCUUCUGGCCAGAUGAGAUCAGGGACGUGUGUAUCUUACGAACGAAAAACGCAGUCAAGCAUGCGAGGGGUAUUAAAAUGUUUGUCGCCUUGUAUUCAGAUGAUAGAACAAGUGCUUGCUAGAGCUAGUCUGGUCAUCCAAUUGAAUACGUCCGACCUACCCGCCGUGUGAGUCUCCGAGACAAAAACAUAUGCCCCAACUCCACUUGGGAGCUAUAUUCAAUUUGUUUUUUAUAGUGUGAGCGUGUGUCCGACCUUCGCCGUGUGUGCACCUCCAAAUAGGAAAUCUAGUCGGCGCCGUGUGUGCACCUCCAAAUACGAAAUCUAGACCCCAAUGUGACAAGGCAACUCUCGCCAAUUUUCCUUUUAGCAAUGAUUACCUAUGCCUGACCUCACACAGAUGGCUACUCAUGCUCACAAAAGUGAUCUUUUCAAUCCAUAUCUCGACCAGGUCGCCGACGCUCCUUGGAAAUGGGUAUGGCGGAUGAUGAGUGGAAAGCGUCACUCGCUGAAGCCUAUGGUUACGCACCAUCGCGUACAUUGCCUCACGACGUAGAGAUCGUUCGUUUUGAAGAAACAGAUGUUGGAGGAAUCGAUUUUGCUGGAUUGUUUUUCAAUUAUGGCUUAGUAAGUUGACAGUGACUGUAAGUGUCCUUCCUUACUACGGUAUAGUGAUUACUUUAGUAAGUCGGCAGUGACUGUAAGUGUCACACGGUAAUAUUAUUCAUUAGCAGGCCCUAGAGGACGGAUAGUAACCUCAUUAGCAGGCCCGAGAGGACGUAUAGCCCCUCGAGCCCACAACUAUGCUCCCACUGAACUCUUCGCCUGAAGCAACAUGAAGUUACUUCAGCUUCUGUGGUAAAAUGGACAACUGAAGAACUCGUACUUCCUAAGUUGUCCAUUCUAUGUUAUCUUAAUCUUUCAUCUUCCUCUAAUUCUCCCCACGCAAGGGCAUUCUUAUUUCCGUGUGUCUUUUGAUCGUUGGGUUUAUGAUGAUUUUCGUCGAUUUUGGAGCUCUCCAUCCGAUGCUUGCGAGCGGAACAGUCCGUCUCGUAGAAAAAAGCAGAUACGAAGACGAGCAGCGUACGGGUCUAGCGCCCUUUGGUCUGGCACUAGCGGGAUUUGGCAUUUUAUACCUCUGGUAUUGAGUGCUAUGAGACAGACGGUUUUGUUGCUCCUCAUGAAUGUGUUUUAUGCUAGAUUGGUCGUGAAUGUGCUUCCACCUAGAAGAGGCUACAACUCCUUUCCCUCUGGUGUCCUUGUAAUUCCGACGAUAGAUAUUAAGAGUAAUGCAGAUGUGUCACAGGUUGAAGUAGUUCUAGUUCAAGAAGUUCAUGAUCUUACUUCUUGUUCGUGCUUUAUUGUUGUCAUGCUUAACUACUCUAAUAGCUUUAGGUUUAAAACAGAAUCAGAAUCUACAGCAAGCUAUACUUUUGAAAAAUAAAGGUACAACAUGCAGCGCUAUGAAGCGGCAAUGUCUCUGUGGUACGAAUUUGUGAUUCACUACGACAUCUCCAAAGACGUCCGAUCACGCAAGAAGACUAAGCUGGACGAGCAGCAGAAGAUUGACUUGCGUGACUUGAAGAGACAAGUCUUCAUGGUUCUCAACUUUAUGAAAAAGAUGACAUAAGCAAUCCGCUAGUUGUCCUCCUCUACAGAAUGAGAAUGCUUGCGUCGUGCUUGAUAAUCCUGACCUGAAUACAGAAUGAGAAUGCUUGCGUCGUGCUUGAUAGUCCUGACCUGGACCGACGCUGCAAAUAUUAAUAUGAAGAAGAACAUAUAAUCUUCACCUUGUUCUAGAACUAGAACGAUCCCAGUUAGUCCUAUAGUCCCCAGGAAAUCUUAAUCGUCCUCUUCUAAUGGUGACUACGAUUCGUAUACGCAGGGUAACCGAAAGCGCGGCACUGCUUGGGAACAGUUGAUGAACUUCUUCGCAAAAAUGCCGGUCUAUUAAGGCUAUAUUCUAAUUUAUUCUAGUAGAUCCAUCAUGCUCGUUCUCGUACUAAUUUCUCGGCACUUUUCUUACGCUUAACCGUUAAUAUUCACGUCCUCCGUAGUACCCGUAGGAUACUGAUGAGCAUGAACAUGCUACAACACAAGUGACGCUUAACCGUUAAUAUUCACGUCCUCCGUAGUACCCGUAGGAUACUGAUGAGCAUGAACAUGCUACAACACAACUGGCUCUUUUCUUUCAACACGAUGAGGAACAAGUCAACUUUUGAAUAUGCUCCUCUUCAGCACUAGGACGGAUAUGACCAGAAUUAUUGAACUAGUCAUACGCAAAAGUCGAAGCUUCGCUGGCUCUCACUCUGAGGCUUCUCGUCGGAUCAUCGUACCUGGUGGAGGAUUCCCAGCUUCGGACAGCGACAGGCAAGUGCUGCAGUCUCUUAAACUAGCCAGUUAAGAUAAUGCUAGAUUGACAGGCCCAAACACCCUCUUUUUUCCCCAGGCUCACUCACCACUUGUUCCCAAGUCAGUGAGGCCAGGCAUGAUUUUGCCGCACACUUCGCCCAUUUCUCCUGCGCUUUGCCGGUUCUCCCUCACCUUGCACCCAAAACCCUUCCUUUAUCCUGGUAUUCUGGGCCUGUCUGAAUAUCUAACGAUCUUUAACUAGCUAGUUUAAGACUGACACUGCACUUACUUGGUACUGUCCAGAGCUCGGACGGAGGCUCCGUCGGUGCGAGAGAUCCUGAAAUGAGCGCCCAAAGUCGGCGUCACUGAUGUUGCGUUUUUCUGCUUCUAAGUCCGUGAGGUAGAGCGAGUAAUCGAGCCAAGUCCAAAGCUGAGUAGUGACUCUAUCUGCAGUUCUACGCCAUUGGGAGCUGCAGCUGGUGGCUUGAGUGGCAGCUUGAACAUUUAUGAUUUAGUGAAUCAUCCUGGUCAGAAAGAGAAUCUAUAUAUGAUAUUCUUAAUUUAGAAGCUGAACGAAGUAAUCUGAUUACUGUAAUCAUUACUUCAACUUCUACUAAAUUAAGAGUUGUAUAUCAAACUACUUGUGAUCGUGUAGAAGAAGUUCUUUCAGACUGCUGGUCACUUAAAUCGUGGCCAAUAUAAUAUCACGAUUAGCUUCUCAGCAGCAUCUUCUUCUAAUCUUCGGCAGUUGAUGCCCCUGUCGAUCCUACUCAAAGUGCGAGUCUGAGUGUGGCGAGUGGGACCAGCUUAAGUGAAGAUCCGAAUCCGCAAGCUGCUGACAACUUCCGCGAACGCCUCUGGUCCGCCGCUAAUGAGGAAAGGGCAGUGCACGAAGCUGCUUGAAGUGGUCAAAAAGACGACGAGGAGGAGGACAGAAACAGAACAUAAGACUGAGGGAGUCAUACGACAUACGGCAACGUCAUGGCUGAGAUACUUAACUAGUUCUAGGCCUAGGCUUUGGCUUCCUUCAUUUCGUUUAGUUAAGCUUUACGACCUCGUAUUUAGAAGCAAUAUUAGCAGAUGAUGGAAGUGGUAUUCGUAUAAUGGUUAUUUCGGUAGUAGUAGAUGAUGAAGUAAUUCGUGUUAUUGAUGUAGUAGGUCGAACUAGAGCAGUUAGAACAAGUACUACCAGGUUGGUAUGAACGAAGACCACAAGAAGCAUAAAUGUAUGGAUAGUGUUUGUAUUCGAGAAGAUAGAAUAUUUGCAUUUUCAGUGUCGGAUGGAAGGCGGAGGUAGUACCCUCAGUAAAUUAAGUACAACAUUAUAGCUAGAUGCAUUUGCAGUUCGUAAAGAACAAGCUAGGUCGUGUUGAUUAUACAGCGACUACAGCAUGUGAUGUUUGAAGUAACAAGUAGUCAUUUUUGGAAUUUAUUUUCUAGUUGCGUGGAUAUGCUUAUGGAUGGAAUAGAAAAAAUACGGAAACUGGGAUUUAUCAGCGAGAUCCCAGGAGUCGUAUUAGAAUUAGUACUAGUCAGAAAUGAAUUAUGAUCUUCAUUGUUGUCUUCGCCUUGUACGAAAAUUCGAUGAUUCUGAUUCAUUCAUCAUGCGUCGAAAUGAGUAAAACUAAAAGUAUGUUGUUGAAAUUUCUUGAUGAAAAGAACACAUGUAGUCAUUCUAGGUCCAGCAUGUUCUACAAAGAGACAUUAGAGCGUCAAGCAGAUAACCUGAAUAGAGGAAAGAAAGAUUCUAAAAAUUGUUCACGUUGAACAUCGGACGUAGAAUAAACGGCUCAUGCGGUGUCGGUGAUGUGUGGGUCUAGUUAUUAGUAUAUCCUCGUCAAAAAUUUCUGAUUAUCACCUCACUACUAUGGUGUGUAGAUUACUUGUUAUCAUGAUUGGGUUUUUCAGCUUCUAGUAGGAACUACGGAGGAUCAAAUGGGGUUUGAAUCAGCGACUGUGUAGGACGACGAGAACGGACGGGAUAGAACAAAAUUGAUGGCGUGCAGCGUGAUGUGAGCAGCGGGACCAAAGCUGCGUGAUGUGAGCAGCGUGAUGUGAGUGCUACACCACUCUGGAAACGAAGGUUGAC